AGGGAGCGUGCUCGGCGUUCGGACCGUCUGUCGGUCGUGGUCCAAACCAAACCGAACUUUCGGCCUCCACCAGAGAGAGAGAGGGGGAGGGGGAGGGGUCGAGGGAGGGCGAGAGAAGGGCAGGGAGCAGCCUCGUCUGUUUGUUCGGCGUGCGUGCGUGCGUGCCUUCGAGCGAGAGGAAGAGCGAACGUUCCGCGUUGAGCUCGUCCGUGAAAGGUUGUGCUCGCCGCUUCUUCGCGUGCGCUCGCUCUCUCUCUUUCUCCUGCCCGCUCCGUCCGUCGCCCGUCGUCCGCGCGCCUGGAGAAUGCAGCGUCGUCGUCGUCGUCGCAGCACGUAGGCGGGCUCGCUUGUCCCGGACGCCGGCGAGAGUCUUGCUCUGUUCAUUGGAGAUUUGGUCUCCCCCCGAACUCGGCGUGCGCCCGCGUUCGCCUCUGUCGUUUCUUUUGACUUUGUGCUCUCAAAGCUCAUCCGGGGGUGGAUUUUCCCUAAGACUUUGGAGUCGGACGGUGCUGGCCGGGCACGAGCGCAUCGCGAUCUCUGCUUGGUCGCGUGGCAAUUUGCGGAUUAGCAGACAAAUUUUGUUUCUUCUUGCACCCGGCUGCAGCGUUCCGCGCGUAGCUCCUCCUCGGACCGAACGGGUGAUCUCCCCUAGUGGUUCGACUGAUAAGUUGUCUUGGUUCCAUACAUGCCCGAUCGCCGUGUGUGUUCUCCUCGUUUGACUUUGCCCCGGAGCUUCUUAUGUCUGGAACUAUGCUGUAAUCUAUAUCUCUCGGCCUCGUAGGCAAAGCUUUUCGGUCGCAUCUUGUGAUCUCCGCAUUGAGUCGACUCUCCGCCCUCGUCCAUAAGCGAGGAAUCUACGAAGCUAUUCCCACCCCCGGAAGAACGUCGAUUCGCACUCUAAGCCCUAAACGUCCUUGAUGGACUCGGAAGAUGACAUGCAGGAUGCUUGGGGAGGAGAAUCCGAUGGAAAUUUAUCUAAUGAGAACGAAGAAGAGGAUGAAGAAGUUAGUCAGAGCAAUGAGCCGGAUUACGGUUUUGACGAUUUUGCCGCCGAUGACGAUAUUAAUCCCAGUUCGAGGCUGCCCCAGUCGAAUUACACGAUUUUGAGCGAGGCCGACAUUCGACAGCGACAGGACGAAGCGAUCAAUACGAUCACUAAUUUCUUGUCUGUAUCAAAGAUGGAAGCGGGAAUUCUUCUCCGACAUUUUAAGUGGAGCGUAAGUAAGGUGAACGAUGAGUGGUUUGCCGAUGAAGAAAGUGUCAGAAAAUGUGUUGGUCUGACUGCGACGCGGGCAGAGAAUCGCAGAAGAUCUCAGACUGAGAACUUGAAGUGUGCAAUUUGUUUUGAGAUGCAUCCCCUGUCGAGAAUGAAAGCAUCGCCAGGCUGUGGACAUUACUUCUGCGAAACCUGCUGGACAGGUUACAUACACACAGCAAUCAAUGAUGGACCCGGAUGUCUCACGUUGCGCUGUGCUGAUCCCGUCUGUGGUUCUGCCAUCGGUGAAGACAUGGUGUUGGGGCUGGUUGUUGAAGAAGAUCGGCUGAAGUACAAACGCUAUUUGUUGAGAUCUUUCGUCGAAGACAAUCGAAAGGCGAAAUGGUGUCCUGCUCCAGGUUGUGAGUAUGCCGUAGAAUUAGGGUUUGUUUCUGGUGCAGGUUCAUAUGACGUUGUGUGCAAGUGCUCUCACAAUUUCUGCUGGAAUUGCUUGGAAGAGGCGCACCGUCCUGUGGACUGCGAGACAGUAGCACGAUGGAUUCUAAAAAAUAGCGCUGAAUCGGAAAACAUGAAUUGGAUACUCGCAAAUUCGAAGCCUUGUCCGAAGUGCAAACGGCCUAUUGAGAAGAACCAAGGGUGCAUGCACAUUACUUGCACCCCUCCUUGUAAAUUCGAGUUCUGCUGGCUUUGCCUUGGAGCUUGGACUGACCAUGGUGAAAGAACAGGGGGAUUCUACGCCUGCAACCGGUAUGAAGCUGCUAAACAAGAGGGUGUUUACGACGAAGCUGAUCGCAGGAGAGAUAUGGCUAAAAAUUCUCUGGAGCGCUACACGCAUUAUUACGAAAGAUGGGCUACGAACGAAUCGUCCAGGGCAAAAGCAUUCUCCGACCUCAUACAAAUGCAGGCUGUGCACAUUGAGAAGCUUAGUGAUAAGCAAUGUCAGCCUGUGUCUCAGUUGAAAUUUGUUACUGAAGCGUGGCUCCAGAUUGUGGAGUGUAGAAGAGUUCUCAAAUGGACUUAUGCUUAUGGAUACUAUCUUCCUAACCAUGAGCAUGCCAAGAGACACUUUUUCGAAUACCUGCAGGGAGAGGCAGAAGCUGGAUUGGAAAGGCUGCAUCAGUGUGCAGAGAAGGAUCUUCAAGAGUUUCUGGAGGGAGACACAUGGCAAAAUAAUUUCAAUGAUUUCCGCACGAAAUUAGCAGGAUUGACCAGUGUCACACGAACGUAUUUCGAGAAAAUAGUUAGGGCGUUGGAAAAUGGACUACAAGAUGUUGUACAAGGACAAGGAGCUCAGGGAAGCCACGUUGCUCAGGGAAGCAGGCGAAGGUAGUAGUAAGUUUACGGCUUUGUGUAGCUGUAAGAGCAGGAAAACCGAAGGCUAUUUUCCUGCGAACAACCAAUUUGUCGUUGAGCCCUUUCUUUCUUCACAGUAUCUCUCACCUAUUGUAAACUAUCACCGCUGUUUUUCGAUUUUGGAGUAGAAGCUUGAAUGUGCUUCCGGAUAUUCUUCGGAGUUCAUGCAAGGACUCGAGAGGCAAACGGGAGCUUUCAUCGAGCAGGAGCAAAAUCUUAACUGUGGAAAGGCCAAGUGGUUUCAAAUCUAUACGUGGUCUAAGGUGUCGAGAACGGGAGAAUUCUAUAUGGGGUCACGAGAUGCUGCGGAUGCUAUCAAAUAUUCAGUGGAUACAUCUAAUCUGAAGUAGAUCUCUAGUAAAAAAGGAUGACUUCAAGGGCAGGAGAUGGGUUUAGAGUGAAGGGAGGUGUGAGGUCUUUUCUAAGUUCAAAAUCCGGAUUCCACAGUUAAGUAAAUGCUGCGCAAAAGCGACGGGUGGCACGAGGAUUCCUUUCGUGAAGAACAACGGCGGGUGUAUGUCAUUGAACUCAUGUAGCAACGUACCCGAGUCAGAUUAGUAUUGAGAGAAGCGAUUGCAAACGAGUUGUAGGGACUUGUGCCCGAACAAUUGCACAUUUUUGCUCACCCUGUAUCGCUUGUACAACGGAAGAACAUACUUGUAAUAUUUAGGAUGUGUCUCGAGAUCGAAAGCUGAAAUGUACAUAAAAAAUGUGGCAAUAAGAGUAUCUCCCGCUUUUCC